AUGGGAUACGGGUCCAACCUUUUGUAUCUCCGUAUUGAAUACGGAGUAGGAGAUGUUCCCUCCCUGCUCCCGACCCCCGACUCCGACUUUCGAGUUCCUCUCUACCGACUUGUUUCACAGUAUUUCCGUGGUGUUGUGGGUGAUAUGUCCGCUGGGUUGGGUUCCUCCUUGGUUGUUGUGGGUAAGAGCAUAGCAAAGUACACCCGUGGGAGAGGAGGUGUUGGCUUUGGUUUUGGUUUUGUUAUGGGUUAUGGUUGUGGUUGUGGUUAUGGUUUUGGUUUGGAUGUUGCACAGCCUCGUUACAAGUUAUUAGUAGAAAUUCCAUAA